AUGAGUCUAGUAGCAGGCUCAUAUGAACGUUUUAUUUGGGGUUUCAAACUGAAAUCCCAAAAGCACUCUGAAUCCUUCUCCCUCACUCCACUUUUUUCAUUUCCCUCUCACCUCUCCCCGAUUAAGUGUGCCGCUGUUGCCGGUUCUGCUGCCGUCACUGGCGGCUCCGACGAUACCAUCAAAAUCUACGACCUCUCAACCUACUCCGAAAUCGGUUCACUUCACCACACUUCCUCUAUCACCUCCCUUUCCUUUUUCACCCCUACUUCCUCCCCCAUUUCUCUUCCUCGGAACCUUAUAGCCGCCGCCGAGGACGGCGCUGUCAUAAUCUACGAUGCGGACCCAUUUGUUCAUUUGAAAACGGUAAAGAAUGUGCAUAAAAAGGGGGUGAAUGAUAUUUCUAUUCAUCCAUCUGGAAGGCUUGCUCUCUCCGUCGGCCGCGAUGAAUGCUUGGCUAUGGUGAAUUUAGUCAGAGGGAGGAGGAGUUUUUGUUGUAGGCUGGGGAAGGAAGCUUCCAUUGUCAGGUUUAGUGAUGGUGGGGACAAGUUCUUUAUGGUGGUGGAUGAUAAAAUCAGCGUUCAUGAAUCCGAGGAUGCUAAGAUAUUCUGUGAAUUAGAUAGCAAGAAACGGGUCCUUUGUGCUGCCUCGGGAUCAAAUGGAAUUUUAUUCACUGGUGGAGAGGAUCGAAGUAUUAUAGCAUGGGAUACCAAUUCCGGUAAAGUUGCAUAUUCUAUUGAAGAUGCACAUUCGGCCCGAGUUAAGGGUAUUGUUGUGCUUUCCGAAAGUGAUGGCGGAGCAUAUAAAAAUUCUCCAUGUAUAGUAGCAUCUGCUUCUUCUGAUGGUGUCAUUCGUGUUUGGGAUGUUCGCAUGACUUAUAAGAGCAGCCCGCUUUCUGAGAGUGAAACAAAAUCCAGGCUGACUUGUCUUGCUGGAUCGUCCUUGCGAUUUUGGGGCACAAUGGAUGCAGUUGAUGUUCUGGAUUAUGGGCUCGCUAGAGUUGCUAACGUGAUAAUUGAUCACCCAAUGCCUCUACAAUGGAGCGUCAGUCCUCCUCAAGACUACAGAAAGGUAAGUAGUUCCUCGAUGGAAGAAACCGCUGAAGAUCAUGCCAAUAAUUUAGUCUACUUGCUGUUAACAUCUGAGAAGUGUACUGUAUCAGAAGCGGCUCUGAAAUUGAUGGAGUUGAGAUUUGAAGAGUUUAAGGGGCCCAAAAUUCGUCGCUAG